AUGAUGAAUCUCUUCAGCAUGCUCUUCCCCUUCUUCGUCCUCGUCCUUCCUCUUAUUGCACAAGAGAUGGGCAACCUCACCGACGUUCCAGUCACUCAAAACAACCCCUCCCGCGCAACCUUCCAGGCGAUCCUACAAGCCGGGAAACCUGUCCAAGGGCAGAUUACCGGGGUUUCUAGCGAUAACGGUACUGGCGUCAAUUUCAAUGUCAACUUCUUUGACUUUCCAGAUAUCUCGCAGGGUCCUUUCAAAUACCACAUCCACCAAUACCCCGUGCCUGCGUCAGGAAACUGCACCGCCACAGGUGGCCAUCUCUCGCCCUUUGGCAGACAGGACGACCCUCCCUGCGAUGCCACCGCCCCGUGGACCUGCCAGCCCGGCGACCUCUCCGGCAAACACGGCAAUAUCUCCCAACUGACCUCCUCCACCUCCAGUGACUCCCAAGCCGUCGGCACCUUCCAAGCCAUGUACCUCGACCUGUACGUGAGCACCGAUCCCAGCAACGUGGCGUUCUUCGGGAAUCGCAGUGUGGUCGUGCACAGCGCGAACGGGACGAGGUUGAAUUGCGGGAAUUUCACACAGAUGAGCUCCAGCUCGAGUGGCGGCGGGAAUAACAAUGGGACCAAUACUACGGCGCCGACAACUUUGCCCACGAAUAACGUUGCAGGUGGGGCAGUUGGUGCGGUGAAGUGGGAAUUGGCGAGCGGCGCGGUGUUUGCGGUCGGUGUGUGUCUUAUCUCCUUGAUGGGUGGCUUGAUUUGA